ACCAAGCAUCGUCCGACGGCGUGCACGAAAGAAACAAAAGACGCUCGCCACUCGAUCCGUAUCAAUCUCACGGCUCGACCCCUUCGUUUUCCCACACGACGGACCGCCGCUGCCCUUUUGCAUUAAUUUGGACCGUAGAGGUUUCUCUCCGGACCUGACUUCAGAGCCUCAUCAGCACUCGUGCAAACUUUCGACUGGCGCUCCGCACCGGUCUUUAUCUGCUCCUUGACCAACGAGUAUCCUCUCCGCCUCGGUACUUGCAACGGCAACCAUGGAGGACUCUUACUUCUCUGCAAUUGCGCCUGGCCACGCCACGGCGGGCCAUCAACAGGAAUAUAAUCUGCACUCGCCCUCGUUCUUCUCCCCCAACGUCGAUCCUUCGAGUGGAUUUCCCCUCUGCCAUUCCCUUUCUCCCACCACCUCCAACGCGUUCGGCUUUGGCGACCCGACACACCCAUUCAUCUUCGACCUUGGCGACCACAAGCGUGCCGACAGCGAGCCCAGCUCGUUCGCAUUCGAUCUCGACGAUCAGGACAAGGACGCCACGAUUCGCUUGACUCCAAGGCGCAAGCGUCUCCUGCAGCGCAUCUCGCGUGUAUCUCCUGGUCUCAGCUCAACAUCGUCGUCAACGACGACUGCCUCGGAAGCCGGCAGCUCCGACGACGACGGUGAAGAGGUUCACGACAACGAAGACGCCGCUAACGAAGACGUCAGCGGUGACAACGCUGCCAAAGGCAAAGGCGGUAUGAACCACGACGUUCUUCACAUGAGGCCCAGCCUUCCUUUCCAAGGCGACAACUUCUAUCUUCAGCAGCAGCAACAGCAGCAACAGCAAGGCGGCAGGUCCGCUACCGAGUCCUCGCAGGUCAGCGCCGCCCUGUGCAGCUUCGACCUCUCCGACUUUAUCUCCGACGGCGACCAAGAGCCAAUCAGCGGCAACGGCGACCAGCCGCUGCAGCGCAGUGCGAGCAUGGACACGCCUCAUGGACGUCUGGCUCCGUCGGUGUUUUCUACGCCUCAAAGGCCCUUGGUGCACCGUGAGAUUUCUAGCCUCUCAUCAGCCCACAGUUGCUCCACUCCCGGCACGCCCGGUACGCCCAUGACGCCGUCGUCCCAUCACGGCUCCUUCUUUGAAUUUGGACAGGGAACAAAUGAGAGCGACAUCGACCUCGCUGCCGCCGCAAGGCCCAUGACACUGGGCGUGGCCCGCAGCCACAGCUUCGCUGGCAACACGAGCGCAUCGGGAGUAACGUCAGCCGCGAACGACCAAGACCCGAACGGUCUCUUCACUGAUCGAGCACAGGACCCAUCUAUGCUCAACAUGACAGGACGACCGACGGUACCCAUGCGCAGCUUCACCGGCUCCUUCGACACCAUGUCGUGCAAUCCGGCCUACAUCACCCCUGCUCAGCAGCACAUUCAACAGCAGCAGCAGCAACAGCAGCAGCAGCAGCAGCACGACCUGCAGAGGAACAGCAGCAUGCCAACAUCACCGAGCCUCUUGCCUCAGCACCACAGCCACCUGUUCGCCGACCAGCGUCCACAGGUCUUCAACGGGGCAGAAAUGUCGCCAUACAUGUCGAGCGACAGCGUCUUUGGCUCGCCGGCGAGCCUCGCGGGUGAAUGGACCAACAACGGUCAGGCCAUGAUGCCUUCGUAUUCCGCCCCUCCGAAUAAAGUGACCAACGAAUCUGCAUCACGCGGUAUCAGUGCAAGCGGUGCGCUUCGAGGUGGACGAUCCAAUGCGGCUGCGGCAUCUCACCAGUCAUCGCCAUACCAGAGCCCGGGCAGUCCCUUGCACCUCGGUAACAGCGGGCUCUCGUCCUCGAUGCCCACGCGCCACUUCGACAGCAACCAGGCUAUGAUGGCUCACCAGGCCAUCGCAGGCAUCAUCACGAAGAGAAGCCGUGGAAGGCGAGUGCCGAACAAUCCAGACGAGCUCAACAACCUGGGAAAGAGCGGCAAGGUCUACACUUGCAAGGUUCCCGGCUGCGGCAAGUGCUUCAAGCGCAGCGAGCACCUCAAGCGACACGUCCGUAGCAUCCACACCGACGAGAAGCCGUUCACGUGCCACUGUGGCAAGAAGUUCUCGAGGCACGACAACCUCAACCAGCACGCCCGUGUUCAUGGCCCUGACGGUGGCGUCGGACCUGGCGGUAGCCCAUUGAUUAUGUCGGCCGGUGAAUCGUCUCACGAAGGCAGCCUGUCGCCUACGACGUCGUCCAUCUCGCUUAGCCAAGCCUUCGCGGGUACGGGCUUUGAGUCUCGUCGAGGUUCGACAGUGUCAACGGCGCACCGCGCUAGCCUCAAAGACGAUGACGAGCAGAUGGAGGCAACAUUUGAAACAGACCAUGAAGUGUUUGACUUUGAAGAAGAUGUCAAGCCCACAGUUGCACAGUGAUCCAACAUCUGCCGCAGUCUUUUCCGCCUCGACCUCUCGGCGCAAUACACACGCUCGUUUCCGGCUUCUCGUCUCCUCGAUCUUCUUCGCUCUUUCUGCUCGC